GUUUUGCUUCCCGCCGGAGGCUUUUGCGGAGCUCUCCGGGUCCCCGAGGGGGGAGGGGGGGCAGUGGCGGCAGCUGGGGCUGCAGAAGCAGCCCGGGGGUCCGGAAGUCAACACCAUGUCGAGUCUGCACAAGAGCCGGAUUGCAGAUUUCCAGGAUGUCCUGAAGGAGCCCUCCAUUGUGUUGGAAAAGCUUCGAGAGCUCAGCUUUAGUGGCAUCCCCUGUGAGGGCGGACUGCGGUGCCUCUGCUGGAAGAUCCUUCUGAACUACCUCCCUUUGGAGAGAGCCUCGUGGACUUCCAUCCUGGCCAAGCAGAGGGGGCUCUAUUCUCAGUUCCUGAGAGAAAUGAUUAUCCAGCCUGGCAUUGCCAAGGCCAACAUGGGUGUAUCCAGGGAGGAUGUGACCUUUGAGGACCAUCCCCUCAACCCGAACCCUGAUAGCAGGUGGAACACGUAUUUUAAGGACAACGAGGUGCUACUGCAGAUUGACAAAGAUGUCCGGAGGCUGUGCCCAGAUAUAUCCUUCUUCCAAAGAGCCACUGAGUACCCCUGCCUCCUCAUCCUGGACCCACAGAAUGAGUUCGAGACCCUUCGUAAGCGGGUGGAGCAGACAACAUUGAAAUCUCAGACGGUGGCCCGGAACCGGAGUGGGGUCACAAAUAUGAGCUCCCCACACAAGAACAGCACCUCGCCGGCCCUGAACGAGUAUGAGGUUCUGCCUAAUGGCUGUGAAGCCCACUGGGAGGUGGUAGAGCGGAUCCUGUUCAUCUACGCCAAGCUCAACCCUGGCAUCGCUUAUGUGCAGGGCAUGAAUGAGAUCGUGGGCCCCCUCUACUAUACUUUUGCCACUGACCCCAACAACGAGUGGAAAGAACACGCUGAAGCCGACACCUUUUUCUGCUUCACCAACCUCAUGGCUGAGAUCCGGGACAACUUCAUCAAGAGCCUGGAUGACUCCCAGUGUGGCAUCACCUACAAGAUGGAAAAGGUGUACUCCACCUUGAAGGACAAGGAUGUGGAACUCUACCUGAAACUGCAAGAGCAGAAUAUCAAGCCCCAGUUCUUCGCCUUCCGCUGGCUGACACUCCUGCUGUCGCAGGAGUUCUUGCUGCCUGAUGUCAUCCGAAUCUGGGACUCCCUCUUUGCCGAUGACAACCGCUUCGACUUCCUCCUCCUGGUCUGCUGUGCUAUGCUCAUACUGAUCCGGGAGCAGUUGCUGGAGGGGGAUUUCACCAUCAACAUGCGGCUUCUGCAGGAUUACCCCAUAACAGAUGUCUGCCAGAUCCUACAGAAAGCCAAGGAACUCCAAGACUCAAAGUAACCUGGUAGCAAGAGGCCCAGGUUUGGAAGAGCAACCACCUGUGCUCUGCACCUGGUUUGUGGGACACAGAGCAGCCAGUGGGAAAGCGAGCCUGAGGACAAGCUGCAGGCUUGGCCAGCUCCAGGUCUUCCCACCCUGGUUCCCAUGGUCCAGGCUCUCCUCCUGGAGCACACUGUGCUGUGCUCCUCCCCAGUGCUCGACCCUGCCACUCUCCCUGAACUUCAGCCCCGCGCCUCUCUGCCCAGGCCGCUGAGCAGGGCUGGAGCCCCGCGCUUCUCUGCCCAGGCUGCCGAGCAGGGCUGGAGCCCUGAACUGGUUUCCUGGGGUUGGGGCCAUUUGGGGCACAGGAGGCCAGCAAGGGUCCUGCCGUGCCUCUGCCCAGGAGCUCCAUGUCCUUUGUGCUUUCAUCCUCCCCUGGGACUUGGUCAGGGGAGGUACCUGGCGAUGGCCAGAAACCGUUUCUGAGUGUUGGUGCUCACGCUGCUUGGGGAAGUGACCCCGGAAGAGCUGAGUGACUGCCAAUUCUAGGUCCACCUCCUGUCUCUCCUGUCUGGUGUGCUUGCUCAUGUCCCCCAGGUGUCUGUCUGUGUGUGUGUGUGUGUGUGUGUGUGUGUGUGUGUGUGUGUGUGUACAUACAUGUGUGUGUGUACGUGUGUGUUCAUACAUGCCCUGGACGUGGAGUGAGGUAUGUUGGAGUCGCUCUAAGGUCCUGCUUCCUCUUUCCUGUGUCUCUGCCUCUUCCUGCCUCCCUUUUCUUUUGCCAGAGGUGUGUGACUCCUGCUGUUCCUUCCUCCCCAUUUCUCGUUACUCUUCUCUUGGGGUGCCUUACCCCAAACCUCUCUCCUCCUCUCUGCUUCCUGAAGCCAGCAGUCAGAAUGAGGAAUGUGGCUUAGUAAGACCCCUGCAGGCCAGCCUUGGCUUGGGCAUUCUGUUCCUGUCCCCAGCCCAAGGUUUCAAGGUCCCCUAGUCAGAGGGACUCCACAGUGGCUAGUGAGAGAGCCCUGAUGUGUCUGCUCGUGGAAACCACAUGCUGCUGGCCAUGGUGGACUGUGAGACUAAGCUUCCUGCCCAUCUUCUGCCUAAGUGUGGAGAGAGGAGGGAGGAGGCAGGUCACUUCAGGGCUUCCUGCAGACUCAUGGCCUCAGAGAUCAAGGAUGGCCCAGCUGUGCUGUGCCUGGGGUCGGAGCCAAGCAUUUCAGUUGAGAUGUCAUCCCUGUGGCCUCCGUGUUCCUACCAAGGGGGUGCCAGUCUCAUCGAGGGCAGGGGACCAAAAAUGCCUCUGUGUGUCCAAGAGAGCUGCAUCUGUCUGUCCUCUGCUCCUACGGGGCUGUGUAGGUGCUUGGGCUGUCCCCCAGCUCUGGGGCCAGUGUGCCCCUAGCCACUCCCUGUUCAGCAAGUAGACUUUUUCUGACCUUGCCCCUCCCCUCCUUUUAUGUGGAGGCCAGGUUGUUUAGGUCCUGAAGGUACGUUGACCAAAAGAAUCCUCACUGACUGGCCCCAGGACUGCAGCAGCCACCUGAAGCCUUCCUGAGCCCAGUGGGCAGGGCUUCCUGCCUUCCCAGGCCGCUGGGGAGUGAGUGUGGAGUGAGUCUCCUUGGGUGCUGCUGGGGCUCUGUGCUUGCCUUUUUCCCGUUUUGCUAUCUUCUCCCCCAACACACAAUAUUUGGGUGGCUUAAAAACAAAAACGAAAACAAAAAAAAAACCAAAAAACUAUUUAUUUAGACACAGGCUAUUUAUUGCAGAUUGGCAAGUAACUUGGGGCUGUGGGUGUCUGGUAGUGGCUGGGAUGGUAGAGUUGGAGGCAUGGAUUGUGUUAAUUUCCCAAGGUUAACUCUGACAUCCUAUCCCAUCCCUGGCUGGGAGGGCUGCCAGCUCUACACUAGAACUGAGUAUAAAGAGGCCAGAGUUGGUGCAUUUGCUGUACUCAAAGAUACAGGACACAUACACUCCCAGCAUCCUGGCCGUCCCCUCAUCUAGGACCUGUCACUGGUAGUUCAGCCCCAGCAUUGACCUCUUCAUUGUCUGGAAGCCAGCGGACACUGCCUGGGACACCCAGUGUAUUCCCUUUUGCCUGUUCCUCCCUCCCUCCCUCCCUCUCUCCCUCCCUCCCUCCCUCCCUCUCUCUCCCUCCCUCCCCUUGCUACUCUUCCUGGGACCGUGCUACUGGAAUUACUGCAUCAGAUUGGUUUCUGUGGGAGACCUGCAUCCUGUGCCCACUACUUGGUCCUUGGGAUGAAGGCCAAGGACACACAGACUCUUCUUGAGUAGAGUGGCUCCCCAGUUGGGUGCUGCCCGAGGAAAGGACUUUUCCUCUGAGGACCUGCAGCUCUCCCGCUGGGAGUGGCCCCCUGGAGCUCCGCAGGUACCCCUGAGGGUCAGGACAGCACUGGCUUUUGUGUUCACAUCCGUUCUGAGUCAGUGCUGUUAAUGAGUUGUCCUUAAUAAACCGUGUGCUCUUUACCA